ACCACCAGAAUGGCAGAGCAUUGCAAGAUCUCUGCUGCCAUUGUAGCUGGAUCUGAGGAGAAGUCGUGUGUGCUCAAGGUAGAUGGAUACUCUAGAGCCAAGGCGCUACUCAAGAACGGCGAGUGGAGGACUUCUGCCCAUUUCGGUGUUGGAGGCUAUAACUGGGCCGUGAGAUAUUACCCAAACGGUUGCAAUAAGGAUUAUGCCGAUUCAAUAUCUCUUUAUCUAUAUCUUCAAUCUGCCAAUGCCGAAGAUGUGAAGGUGAAAUACACGCUCAGUCUACUUGACAAGAAUGGAGAACCUGUGCCUUCAUACAGCCGUACCUCCAGCGCUACACGCACCUUCUCAAGGAAAGUUACAAACUGGGGCUACAAUGAGUUCAUCAAGAAGGCUGAUCUGGAGGCAUCGGCGCAUCUAAGAGACGACUGUCUCACCAUCAGGUGCGAUGUCACCGUCAUCCACGACGAAGAAACAAGGGUUCCUCCAAGCGACCUGCACCAGCAUCUCGGAGACCUCCUCAAGAAUAAGGAUGCCGCAGACCUCACCAUUCAGGUCGGCAGAGAGACAUUCUCCGCUCACAGGUGCGUUCUUUCUGCUCGGUCAUCCGUCUUCAAGGCGGAGCUCCUUGGCGCCAUGAAGGAGAGUUCUGCAGCUAGUCCUAUUGAAAUUUGUGACAUGGAAGCUGAUGUGUUCGAAUCUUUGCUCAACUUCAUAUACACCGAUUCAGUCUCUCCAGUGCUUGAUGUGGUGAUGGCUGGCCAUCUGCUAGUGGCGGCUGACAGGUACAAUAUUGAGAGGCUGAAGCAGAUAUGUGAGCAGAAACUGUGCAAUCAAAUUGAUUCCGGCAUGGUGGCCACCAGUUUGGCUCUGGCCGAGCAGCAUGGUUUCCAUCGUCUCAAAGAAGCUUGUUUGCAAUUCCUUGCUUCUCCUUCCAAUUUCAAGGCUAUGAUGGUAACCGACGGUUAUGAGCAUCUCAAGUCCAGCUGCCCAUUGGUUCUCAAGGAGCUGAUAGCUAGAAUUCUCCCGGCUGAAUGGGACGUGGCAAAGGAUAUGGUCAUGGAAAUUUAG